UUGUCCAAUCGGUAAACUUUUAUUCUCUCAACGUUGGCAACACUUUUAUACACAUUCUGUCAAAUUUUGACGCAUAUCGUACGAUUAGUUUUUGUUUGGCGUCUAUACAAAGAAGUAGAAAAUUUUCUUGUAGCGAUUUUUAUAAUGGAUGAAAAUUUAGAACAACGUGCGUGCAUCAAAUUUUGUGUUGCAAAUGGAUUUAAGUGUUCCGAAACGUUGAAAAUGUUAGAAAAGGCCUUAGAUGAAUCGUGUCUAGGAAAAACACAGGCAUACGAGUGGUAUAAACGCUUCAAAGGUGGCCGUACAAGCUUGGAUCAUGAUGAGAUCCCUGGCCGCCCAACAACAUCUGUUACUGAAGAAAACAUUGAAUCGGCGAAGUAAAUCGUGUUGCAAAAUCGUUCUGUACCGAUUAGGGAGAUUGCUGUGUUAUUGGGCAUCUCUUAUGGAUCAGCCGAAUACAUUUUAACUGAUGUUUUGGGUUUGAGACGCGUCGCUUCUCGGCUGGUGCCAAAAAAGCUGAAUUUCAUUUAAAAACAGCGUCGUGUUGAUGUGGCCAAAGAGAUGAUUUCCAACGCAGAUAGUGACUCCACAUUCAUCUAAUGCAUCAUAACUGGUGAUGAGGUGUGGAUCUAUGAAUAUGACGUCGAAACCGCACAACAAUCGACCAAAUGGCGCUUCGAAGGCGAGCCGUUGUUCUAAAUUUUCAUCCAUUAUAAAAAUCGUCGCACGAAAAUUUUCUCAACUUCUUUGUAUAGACGCCAAACAAAAACUAAUCGUACGAUAUGCGUCAAAAUUUGACAGAAUGUGUAUAAAAGUGUUACCAACGUUGAGAGAAGAAAAGUUUACCGAUUGGACAAGCGCGGGAAGUUUAAAAUGAAAAUUCCGGUACUUUUUUGAUCAAAAGAACCCACUCAUAAGUAUGUUAAAAAUAAAAUACAUACUGUACCUGCUGGCGGCUUCUAUGAUAACACAGAUUGAAGCAAACAAUGGAAAAGAUUCGAGACUUUUCACAAUUGAUUACGAGAACGAUACGUUUCUAAUGGAUGGAGAACCAUUUCGAUUUGUUUCUGGAUCUUUCCAUUACUUCCGCGCUCUACCUGAUUCUUGGCGACAAAUUUUGCGAUCUAUGAGAGCAGCGGGAUUGAAUGCUGUCAUGACGUACAUCGAAUGGUCCACCCAUGAACCUUCAGAAGGAAACUAUAAAUGGGACGGCAUUGCAGAUCUUGAGCAAUUUAUUCAACUAGCCGAAGAAGAAGACUUAUUCGUUAUAUUGCGUCCUGGUCCAUAUAUUUGCGCUGAACGUGACAUGGGCGGUUUUCCUUACUGGUUACUAACCAAGCAUCCUAACGUCAAACUACGUACCUACGAUACUGAUUAUUUGGAAGAAGUGGAAAAGUGGUACGCAACAUUGAUGCCCCGCAUUCAAAAAUAUUUGUAUGGAAGAGGGGGCCCUGUGAUCAUGGUAUCAAUAGAAAAUGAGUACGGAUUUUUCUCCGCAUGCGACCAUACGUAUCUGUCUUUCCUAAAAAAAUUGACAGAAUCUUAUGUUCAGAAUGAUGCCGUUUUGUUCACGGACGAUGGUCCGAAUGCUCUAGAGUGCGGUUCCAUUCCUGAUGUUUUAACAACUCUAAACUUUGGAAUAACUAACGAUCCCGACCGCCAUUGGGAAGUGUUGAGAACUCAUCAACCAAAAGGACCGCUUGUUAACACCGAGUUCUAUCCUGGAUGGUUAACACACUGGGGGCAACCGAUCGCUCGAGUUGCGACAGAGUCAAUCAGUAAUACUCUGCGUCUGAUGCUGGAACGUGGAGCCAACGUCAACUUUUAUAUGUUCUUCGGUGGAACAAACUUUGCCUUUACCGCUGGAGCAAAUGAUUUGGAUGGAGGCAUGAUGCAUGCUGAUAUUACAUCCUAUGACUAUGACGCUCCACUUGAUGAAGCUGGUGACCCAACGCCAAAAUAUUAUGCACUUCGAGACGUAAUAUUGGAAUUUCUUCCAGACCCGGGACUCCCCAUUCCUGAGAAGCUUCCGAAAAUGAAAAUACCUCCUGUGGAACUAAGUGCACGAGGAUGUUUGUUGUCCAAUACAGCAAGAGAAAUCUUAGCAAAAUAUACCGUUUUCAACGAGCAUGCGUUAGGAUUUGAAGCUUUAAAUCAACAUUCCGGUUUCAUAUUGUAUGAAGCAGAUAUUCCUAAAGAAUACACUCGCGAUCCACUAGCACUACAUAUAAAUAAACUACACGAUCGUGCAUACGUUCACGUAAAUAAUCGAUUCGUAGGAGUUCUUUCCAGAGAUACCGGAAUUUACUCGUUGCCAAUAAACUUGGGAUUGGGUUACCGACUUCAAUUGCUGGUCGAAAAUGAGGGUCGAAUAAAUUUUAACAUUCCGAAUGAUUUCAAAGGCAUUUUGGAAUCUGUUACGCUUCAAGGAAACGAGUUACUAAAUUGGACAAUGACUGGUUUCCCAUUGGACGACAGUUUGCUGCUUGGAAACUACAUCGAUCGAUACUUUGACGACAGUACAGAAUCUUGCAAACAUAGCUCUGUUCGAAUUUACCAUGGACAGUUCACCAUCGAUGCUGAGCAAAUUUUCGAUACCUACGUAGAUCCCACGGGUUGGGGAAAAGGGUUGAUUUUUAUCAACGGCUUCAACCUAGGCAGGUACUGGCCAUUAGUUGGGCCACAAGUAACACUUUACGUACCACGACACAUACUUAAUCAAGGAUAUAACGACAUAGUUGUGAUUGAGUAUCAGAAGGAUGUUCAAGAGCCGACGACCAUAUUAUUUUCUGACAAACCAAACUUGGAUGGACCGUAGAGUAAUUUUGUUCAAUAAUCAGAUAAUCGAUUAUUACACUAUUGAUGGAAUACAAAAUUCGGCAAAUACACUCUAAACACAGAAAUUAAUAUAAAAAUGAGUAUUGGUCUAUUGUCUUUCCGCGUUUCUUUGCUAUUGAACAAAUUAUAUGCUUUUUCUAUAUUCAAAAUUGGCUGUUUUCCUAAGUUUGUAAAUGGCAUAAACAACAUAUUUAAGUAUACUUUUUGGUUUAUAGAUUUUUUCCAGAUAUUACAUUGUUGAAAUAAUUACCUAGUACAUACUGAAUUCGGACAUAUACACUGUUAGACAAACACGUUACUGUAGAAAAUGUUUAAUA